AUGGCUCUGUUGCCUUGUCUGGGUGUAAUAGCAGGCGUUACCGGAAGUGACGGAUCAGCCAUUGCUAUCCAAAACAUUGAUGACAUUCAACAGACGCUAUAUCGAAUCGAUUGGGCGGAUCGGAUAUGGAAGCAAAUCCAGGGUGUUUCGUCUUGUUCGGGAUGCCAGGGUCUGCUAUUGACGUUCAAAAACCUCGCGAAACUGGGCGAUAAAACCUUUGUACAUACACUCCAGAAUGUUUGCAAGAAAUCAAAGGUUGAAGAGCCGGAUGUUUGCGAAGGAACUAUCGAGCUCCAAGGGCCUAUUAUUGCCGAGGCGUUGAGGAAUGUGGCCAUCGGCUCGAAAACCGCACAACACUUCUGCGUUACGUUUCUUGGCCUUUGUCAGUACCCUGCUAUAGAAGAGUGGGAUGUUCCUCUACCGCCUGAUCGAUCUCACCUGAAGCGCCCAGUCCCGAGUGGACAAGAUCCUAUCAAGGUCGUCCACUACUCCGAUAUUCACGUUGAUCAGCUUUAUACUGAAGGAUCAAAUGCGAAAUGCAACAAGCCUAUAUGCUGCAGGCAAGUCAAAAUAAUUCGCCAUACGCAUAAAUCAUGGACUGACUUUUCUAGGCCCUUCACAGAAAAUGACGAGCCUGGGAAGACAGACUCUCCAGCUGGACCCUUCGGCGAACAUACCUGCGAUUCCCCCGUUUCUUUAGAACACAGCAUGUAUCAGGCAAUUAAAGAGAUAGUUCCAGAUGCUUCUUUUACCAUCUUCACCGGCGAUGUAGUUGACCACUCGAUUUGGAACACUACAUGGGAUUACAAUAAGCACCAAAUUAUUGAAUCAUAUGAGAAUAUGGACAAGCAUCUUGGUAUAGUUUACGGUACAGCAGGAAACCACGAGUCUCAUCCUACAAAUGCCUACCAACCUAGCUCUAUUGGUGGCGCAUCAUCUUGGAUCUACGACCUUCUCGCCGGGGCAUGGUCUCGCUGGAUCGGGCAUGAAGCAGCUUCCAAGGCCGCGCAAAUAGGCGCAUACUCUACCAAAUUUCCCCAUGGAAACCUCCGUGUUAUUUCUCUCAACACAAACCUAUACUACCGAGGGAAUUUUUGGUUAUUUCAGAGAAAGAUGAUACGCGAUCCUAGUAAACAAUUCGAUUGGCUUAUCGAAGAACUUCACGCUGCCGAGAAAGCAGGGGAGCGCGUUUAUAUAAUCGGACACAUGCCCCCAGGCGAUCGGAAUGCAUUCCACGAUCAGUCGAAUUACUUGAACCAGAUAGUGAACCGAUAUUCGUCAACUAUCGCGGCCAUGUUCUUUGGCCACACGCACAGAGACCACUUUCAGAUCACAUACAGCGAAGCACCAAAGAAGAGCUUUAGCAAUGCUCUGCUCACAUCAUACGUUGGCCCUUCACUUACCCCAACAUCCGGCAUGCCGUCUUUUCGUGUCUACGACGUCGACCCUAUCACAUUUGCAGUCCUCGAUGCCACGACUUAUAGCGCUGACAUGAACUCGCCGACGUAUCAGACUCAAGGCCCCGUUUGGAAGAAAUACUACUCAGCUAAGGAGACGUACGGUCCGCUUACGAACCCGCCACUGACGGACCCCAAAGCAGAGCUUACUGCAGCAUUCUGGCACAACAUCACAGAGGUAUUUGAAAAGGACCAAACUGCUUUUGACAAUUUUAUGCUGCGUCUUAGCAGGGGAUGGAAACAGCCUGUGUGCGAAGACGAGUGCCGAAAAUCGCAGAUAUGUUUGCUGCGAGCUGCGCGAAGCCAGGAUGGCUGCGACGUCCCCACGCUUGGCUCUUCAUACCAUACAAGAAUGGAGGAUUCUGCUGAGAGAGAUGAGUGCGGUAUCUCUGUUAUACAGGCGACAUUCUCUGCGCUAGUAGCCAAGGAGGGUGCUUUGAGGAUUUUACAGGAGCUGUUGGUAGGCCUGGGAGUUAAGUUGUACGGAUAA